UUCUAAUUAUAUUGAUUAUAUAUUAUUAGGUUAGGAAAGUGUUUUUUUCCAGUUAGUGAAUGACCCACGAAGCCUAGAUAGAAGGAGAACGAACGCAGUGUUAUAAAUGUGUCUACGUAUUUGCAGCAUGAAAGGAUGAUUUCUAUUGCCACUAGACAGUGCGUCGGUUCGACGGGUCUAAUUUUUCAAAUAUGUUUUGUACCACACACACACAUAACACAUAAAAAAUAACACACACAUAUACUAAAAUCUGAACUCCCGAACACUACCGCCGCCCUCAUGGAGAAUUAUCAUACCCGAUGUUUCCUCAUUUUCAACGACACAAAUUCGACAAGAACGCGUAUCGCGUUCGUUCUCAUUAUAUUUAGGUUUCGUGGAACGACCAAUCACAAAGAAUGAAAUAACUCGUUAGUGUUUUCAAUCUUAAAGACAAAUCAUAAGUAGAAUUAUACGGGUUGGUUGCCUAGGUACCGUCAAGACGUGUAAUAUGUUUUAACGUAAACAAACCUCAUUUAGAGAAGUUUCAUUGUGUUCGAGAGAAUAAAAAGUCAUUUGUUUAUGACAAUUAAUAACUUUGAUAAGCAAUAAAAUGACAUCACUUGAUUUAAGACAACAGAAGCUUGAACAACAGAGAUUAUUAAUUGCACAAAAAAUGAAACAGAAAAGACAAAGUGGUGCUGGUGGUAUGGUCCAGGCAUCGAAUAUAUCCACUACGCAACUUACAAGUCACAACAUGAAAUGGAUUAAUCCUAAUAAAGAACUUCAUGGUAAAAUUGGAUACGAUGGACCUUUACAUUUCACGAUGUCCCAAGCAAAUCCAGAUAUUGGAACGUUUUCAGAAAACAAACCAAUAGAAACAGAAAUUAGUGAAGCAAGCUCCGAAAUAGCGUUUUACGAAGGUACGGAAGCUAAAGAGUGCGCUGAUGAAGAAUCUUCUCUGAUAGAAUUGCAUUCUCCUUCUGAAUCUCUGCCAUGUACUUCGCCUCUUAAAAUAGCACCAUCAGAAGUAACUCGUACACUUAUCAGUAGAGACAAUCAUUCUACUAGUCCAGAACUAGAAGGCAACGUAGAAGGAAAUGUAGAACAAUUUGUAUUGCAACCAGCAAAUAAAAAAAUGCAUUACAAAUGUCGCAUAACGCGUGAUAAGAAAGGUAUGGAUCGUGGUCUAUAUCCAACAUAUUUUUUACAUCUUGAACGCGAUUACGGAAAAAAGGUAUUUUUAUUGGCCGGACGCAAGAGGAAGAAAAGUACGACAAGUAAUUAUUUAAUUUCAACGGAUCCCACAGAUCUUUCAAGAGGUGGCGAAUCUUAUAUAGGAAAAUUAAGAUCCAACCUUCUUGGUACACAAUUUACCGUUUAUGAUAAUGGAUAUUCAUUAAUGAAAGAUUGCAAGAGAGAUGAACGCUUUAAUCCACGACAAGAAUUAGCUGCAGUAGUUUAUGACACUAACGUCUUAGGAUUUAAAGGGCCACGAAAAAUGACUGUUAUCAUACCUGGAAUGACUCCUGACCAGAAACGAGUUGAAAUUUGUCCACGCGAUGAAACGGAAACAUUACUUGAACGUUGGAAAAUGAAAAAUAUGGACAAUUUAAUAGAAUUACAUAACAAAACUCCUGUAUGGAACGAUGAUACGCAAUCGUAUGUGUUGAAUUUUCAUGGUCGUGUUACACAAGCAUCUGUUAAAAAUUUUCAAGUUGUACAUGAUAGUGAUGUGGACUAUGUUGUUAUGCAAUUUGGACGUAUAGCCGAAGAUGUCUUUACAAUGGAUUAUAGGUUCCCACUUUGUACACUUCAAGCUUUUGCUAUCGCUUUGAGUAGUUUCGAUAGUAAACUAGCAUGCGAGUAAAGGAAUGAUAUAUCUAUUUGAAAAAUCUAAAGAGGAUUUUAAAAUUCGAACCAAAGUUAUAAAUAUAACAAAGUCGCAAGGGAAACCUUUUUCUAAGCUUGCGUAAUAUAAAAGCAAUAAAGCAAAUUGGCUUUGUUUAUAUUUCAUUUAUAAUAUUUAUAAUCGAAGCGAGAAAUAGGAAAGAAACGAACAAAUAAGAAUUUUGCAUAUUUAAACGACAGAUGUUUGUGCACAUUUGAAAUGUUUUUUAUAAAGUGAUAGACUACGUGACUAUACUUGAAAAAGUAUGAAUAUAAAAAAGAAGAAGAAGAAAGAAUAAUCUAAUAGAACAAAUAAUAUAAUAAGGGAAUGAAAAUCAAGUUAUGCCUUAAUUCAAUGAUUCAAUUGUGAUCAGUAUACAUACAGAGUGUCUGAGGUUUUUCCUGCCAAACGAUGUCAGCGUAUUCUAUAUACGAAAAGUAAGAAAAAAAUCAAUGUACAUUCACAAUAACGUGAAACAGGUACGUGUCAUCUUACAGCGGUGUGUCAGAUUUGCAUUUGCAAAGUAAAACAGUCAGUUGAUUGAACAAGAAAUUAGAUAAUUUACAAUUUGUGUCAUCAAUUUUUAACAAAGCUUCAAAUGACCUAAGUUUAUAUAGCAUUAUUUUCUUAUUUUCGUGGAUAGAAUACGCUGACAUCGUUUGGUUGAAAAAUUCUCAGGUACCCUAUAUAUAUAUAUAUAUUAAUAUAAAUAUAUCUAACAAUUAUGUUGCUGUCUAUAUCUAAGACAAAAAGUUUAUAUAAAUAGACAAUCAAAAUUAAAAAAAAAAAAUACAAAUAAAACAUAUUUCGGUGCUAACUUGAUAAAUAUUCACCGUAUAUAAGAGUUGUUUUAUAUCUAUAAUUAAAAAAAAAACAAGAAAACAAAAAAAAACAAAAGAAGAAGACUUAACAAAGAAGAAAAAGAAAAAGAAAGAUAAAAUAAUGUACUAGAAACUGUGUGUUCAAGCUUUUCUAUCUAUAUACACAGUAUAUAAAAUCUUUUUCUUUUCUUUGAAUAAUCAUAUAAACACACAAAUUUAUUGGAACGUUCUUCUCUCCAUUUAAGUUAGAACUAACUGGUAUACUGAUAUUUAGAUAAAAAUAUCAAACGUGUUACUCUCUUUCAUAUUAUAAUUAAAUUCGUAAUCUUUUAUAAAGAUUAUUAAUAUUGUAAUAGGGGAAAAAACAAACAACAGUUCAAAUACUUUUACUACUGCCUCUGAUUAGUUAAACAAAUUUGCUUUUUUUUAAAUGAGUGUAUAACACGUAAUUUAUAAUAAUAAUUACAUAUAUCACGAAUACUAGAAGUUAUUCAAACUGAGGUAUCUUACCACGUUUGCGGACGUAAAUGCUCUAGCAUUCAAAUUUAAAAUUUUUAUUUUGAAUUUUAUUUUAUGUAACAAAGUUUUUAUAAUUAUUAUACCUGUAAAGGUAAUGACUAACUGAUUCUUUAAUAUAUGAUAAUCUGACUGCCCUUAUAAAAUGUGU